AUGAGCGAACAGAAUCUCAACAAGACAAUCAUCGAAUUCGCCAAACAAAAAUUGGACAAAUUGUACAAAUUCAACGAAAAUUAUCCUACAAAUAAAAAUAUUACAAAGUUUAUGGAGAUAAUGGAUCUUCUCUCGGGAGACAUUGAGUUCACAUGUGGGACGCAGAAAUUUGCCGAUCGCAUUGCAAAGAUGCCCGGUACCGACGUCUACAAUUACGUUUUUUUCACAAAACGAGAUCCGAGCAAACAUGAAUAUAUACCCCCAAUGCCCCCCCGCUGGCCGAAAUAUGAUGUGAUCUCGCGAAAAUACAUGGAAAUAGGUCUGGAUUUUAAAGUCAGGCAGCAUCAUCGCACGGAGUUCUGCAAGUUCUGGAAUGAAGAAUUACCUAGCUUAGUCCGAAAAAAAAUGAAGGAAGAACGCAGAGAGCCUAGAGACCUGUGUCCGAGCCUAGAGCCUUACUUCAAUGAGCACCGCAAACUGUAA